AUGUAUGAAAUUCAAUUAACUAAUUCAAAAGAAUUACAAAUAGAGUUAAUAAAUCCUGAAAAAGAAACAUGUAAUAUAGAAAAAUGGGAUAAAAAGAAUUUUAAAGAAAUUAUAAAAAGAGUAUUUAUAGGAAAUUAUGAAGAUUCAAAAAAUGUUAUAUUACUAAAUAAUACCAGUAUUACACAUAUUUUAAUUAUAAGAUAUUCUAAAGAAGAUUACACAACAAGAAUAAAUUUUCCACAUAAAUUUAAAUAUUACAUAAUUGAUCUAAAUAAUGAAUUUGGUUUCACAAGUUGUUCUCAUUUUAAAUAUUUACUUGAUGAAAUACUAUUUGAAAAUAAUAAAAACAAAAUUUUUAUUCAUAGUUAUUUUUCUUUAAAGUAUAUUUUAUAUCUAUUAAUAUUUUAUAUUGUUACUACCUUAAAUUAUGAAAUUGAUGAUGUUAUUUUAUACAUAAAAAAAAUAGUAACGGAUUUUGUUAUAUCCAACGAAGAAGCAGAUAAAAUUUAUUAUUUUACGAAAAGACAUAAAUUAACGUAUUUUCCUGGUGAAUAUACUAGCUAUCUAGAUGUUACAGACAAUAUAGAAAGCUAA